AUGGCCAGUGGCUUCUGGGUCGUGCCCAUGACGGAUCGGGCUCGCGAGAUCUCAGCAUUUAUCACUCCGUUUGGAUUGUUCGAAUGGAGUCGCAUGCCUUUUGGUCCGAAAAAUGCCUCGCAGAUUUUUCAACGUCUCGUAGACAACACGUUGUAUGGAUUCCUGAAGAUCUCGCGAUCAGGCGAUGUUGGAACUACAACGGGCGUGUUCCAGACUGGGAUCGCGGACGAUCCUGAUCGGGACUCAGUGUUGGGACGGAGAUCAUACAUUGACGGCAUCAUGAUCGCAGCAGAAUCGUGGGAUCAAAUGCGCCAAAGGGUGGAAGAUCUGUUGGAGGCCUGCGAUAAGUGGAAUUUAUCGAUCAGUGUAACCAAGAGCUUUUGGGGCAUGGAUAAGUCAUUUCUGGGUAGUUUGAAUUACUACAGCCGAUUCAUUGAAGACUACGCGAUCUACACUUCGGUGCUCUAUGAAUUACACAACGUGGAGGUGGAGUUUGCAGAACUGGAGAAACGAUCGGAUCUGAGGAAGAUCAUGGACCAGAACGACCCGAUUGCUCGAGAUCACGGCCUACCGGAACUGCAUUUGGCGGAACCAUUGGAUGAGAGGUGGAUCCGGGCGCAUAGGGCCUUUACUACCCUGAAAACCAAGAUCGCGACUACCCCAAUUCUCCGCCAUUUCGACGAGACGAGAACGCCGGUGGUCAUCGUAUAUGUCAGCGAAUGGGCGAUAUCUGCAUCGCUGACGCAAGAACACGACGGGAUCUACCACCCGGUCGCGUUCGCCAGUCGCACGUUGAAGGCGAACGAGUUGAACUACAACGUGACGGAGAAAGAGGUGUUGGCAUUGUUGAGGAUCUUAGAUCUCUACUACAACUUGCUAGUAGGACGCGAGAUCCGGGUCCUGACGAGGCAUUCUACGUUAGCCUGGCUGUUCAAGUCGACGGGAUUACAGGGUCGCCUGGGACAAUGGUCUGCCCUCCUGGCCCCAUGGACGUUCGAGAUCGCGAAGUGCACGAAGGGCGAGUACGAGAUACUGGGGGCGAUCGCUGCCAGCAUCACGCUGAGGGCGAAGAUGGACGACGCUCUGACCGAAAUCGCUCCCCGGAAGGAACCUAAACGCCGGAUCCAAGCGCCGAUACCCACUGUAGAUCGAGAAGAGGAAUUAUGGGUGGUCAGUUUUGACGGAUCCGCUCGAGUUAAGCGUGGCGGAGGCGCGUUCAGCGCGAUCGUGUGGAGUCUGCCCGGAUGGGAGGUGGUCAAAGCUAGAUCGGGCUAUCUCGAGAGCCUCACCGUGAACGAAGCAGAAUAUAACGGCCUGAUCCUGGGACUCGACAUGCUAGAGGAACUAGAUCACAAACGCCUAGUGAUCUGCGGUGAUUCCAACUUAGUGAUCCGACAAGUACGGGUCGAGAUCGACUGCAAAGCACCCGGGCCGACGCUAUUGAAGCGUCUGGCGAGUGCCGCUUUGCAACGACAAGGCGGGGUCGAGGUCCAGGGAGGGACCGGGUACCAGGAUCAGGUCACACUGAACCGGUUAGACGAAAUCUUGAUUCCCAGGACCGAGAACCCAGUGGUGGAAGUUGAAGCGGUUACCACUCGAGCUGCUCGAGUAAGAUCACCUGCGGGUGUCAUGCAAGAGGAUCCGAUCCGGGAGAUGCGGGUCGAUCGGAUCAAGCAGGCCCAGGAGGAGGAAGUCUGGAUCGCAGGCCUGAAGAAAUAUCUGAAUAGCUUGAUCGCAGAUCUCACACAAUUGGAAGCGAGAUCGUACGGUAAGAUCGCAGCCGAUUAUGAGGUGGACGAGCAGGAUCUACUCUUUUACUGCCCUCCCACUCCGAGAUCGGGGGAUGAUCGUGAUCGAUUGCUGAGACUGGUAGUCCCUGUCGUAUCGGAAUACGUCCAAAAUAUAGGUACACCUCCCUCCAACAACAUCCACUUCGUCACGAAGACUUAG